UAAGUUAGACACUAUAGAAACAGAUUUACUUUACAGACUUUAUUUAGGCCUCUGAAGUUCAAGGCACAUAUUGAAAACCUCCUUUCUUUCUAAAAAGAUAUAACAAUGAUAAUGAUAAAACAAUAAUGAGAAUAAUUAUAAAUUAAAAUUUUAUGAUAUUUUUUUUUCCGUUUGUACAUUAGAAUGAGUGUACGAAAUCGUAAACAGUGGAUAAGGAUAACAGUAACCUGAUUUGAUUUUGCAAAAAUUGAAAAAAAAUUCUCAAAUUUACACCUCUGUCUUAAUUUUCUGCUGAAUAUAGCCUCUUUAUCACUGAAAAUUUGAAUAAAUAAAAAAAUACGGCUUUUUUUUAGUUAGUUGAAAAUGUUCCGAGUGUUAUUUAGUGAUUUUUUAUAUCCCGUAUAAAAUAUUUAUUGUCUCCUCCACUACCCGUCCGCAAAAGCUUCCAACACGCUCCUGGGUAAGAAUAAAAAAAGAUGAUGCUUAUUAUCCAUUAAAAGAGUUUACAAGGAGCAUAGUUCAAUAAGAAUUCGAAUCAGGUGUUUCUAGGAUCUACUUUAUCCAUAAUGUAUCGUGUUUUAUAUCCAGAAGCUGAAAAAAAUGAAUAACGUUCAUACCAACUGCUAAAACAAAUUUUUGAAAAAAAGAUGAGCUCUAAGUUCUUGCUUGCAAAAAAAUACCCGACUGUUUUGCCCACUCAAUUGGGAGAGAUUAUUUAAGUCUUAACACACACCCCCCUUUCCAAAAAAAAAAAAAAAACAUAAUUACUAGUAAAAGACUCUUUUCAAAAUUUGCCUUACCAUUGUGAAAAAUAAAUAUGAUAGCCAUUGGACAGAGAUUGGACUGUGACGGGUCCCCUUUUAAAAGUGAUUAAAAACAAUAAAAUUAUUCUUUAUUUUUCUAUUAAUGAGCAACUUAAAUUUGAUAUUUAUUUAAAUAUUUUGAAAUGUAAUGAAAUAUAAAAAUAACAACACCUGUAAAAAAAUAUCUAACGGAUAAUUUUUCAUCUGCAUGUCAAUAUUAGACCAUGCCCACUUUUCACGACAUGAGCGAUUCUCAACAUGAUUGAAUUCACUCAAUUGUUUGGAUACGACAAUAAACUUUACCUGCGAAGUCCCGCCCACUUUUUAAUAUUACCGUGAAUAACUCGCCAAAACUAAGAAAGAACUAAUUUGAUUGGACGGGGCAGUGUCUAUUUUUCACUGACGAAUCGAUAUCCCUUGUUUAGUAAACCGUAUUAGCCAAAAGAAUAAGAAGAAGUCGAAAUUAUAAGACCUGUUUUAUAGUUUGGUAGUGAAAGCCGUAUUGAGAUUUAUCAUUUAUUGGACUUGAACUUAUUCAAAAGCUAUUGACUAUCUUCAGUUAUUAUAAUCAGUGUAUUGGACUUGUAUAAAGCACGUGGAACACUGUUCAAAUUUUAUAGUAUGGAUAGUGACUUAUCUAAACAGGGACCAACUACAACUUUACCACCAGCAUCACAAGGAAUGCAUGUGCCAGUAACUGGAGGAAUGAAUAUGCAUCAACAUCCAUCUCAACAGCAAGUACAUUCGCCUCCAUCUCCUGACAUGAAUGGACAACACAACAAUAACAACAAUGGUCUUGGUAACAAGAAAGCUGACGAUCGUGUGAAAAGGCCCAUGAACGCUUUUAUGGUGUGGUCUCGUGGUCAGCGAAGAAAAAUGGCCCAGGAAAAUCCUAAAAUGCAUAAUUCUGAAAUUAGUAAGAGACUUGGUGCUGAAUGGAAGUUGUUAUCCGAAUCCGAAAAGCGUCCGUUUAUAGACGAGGCUAAACGUCUUCGGGCAAUUCACAUGAAGGACCAUCCGGACUACAAGUACAGACCUCGCAGGAAAACAAAGACCCUCAUGAAGAAAGACAAGUAUGCUUUACCCGGUAUGCCCGGCAGUGGAGGACAGCUGCAGUCUGAUCCAAACAGAAUGUAUCCCGGAAUGAAUGGAUAUAUGCCGAAUGGAUAUCCGAUGAAUAUGAUGCACGAUCCAAAUGCCUAUCACAUGGCAAAUCAAAUGGGACUAGCUCAGUAUGGCAAUUAUUCUAUUCCAGCUCAACAAAUGUCUGCAAAUCAGAUGACAUCCGCAUCAUAUAUGAAUGGGACCUCAAACUACACAAUGUCCGUAGGAAUGAAUCCGUAUUCAAUGUCUCCAUCGCAGGUUCCUCCGUCCGUCAAAAGGGAACCAAAUCAACCACAAGUUCCAGGACAACCCCGUCAAGCAGGAGAUUUACGGGAAAUGAUUAGUAUGUAUUUACCGGGAGAUGCCAACGAUCCAAAUAGUGCCGCUGCUCACCAUAGACUUAUGCAACAACAUUAUCAGCAGACGGCGUCAUCGGAAGCUGCAGGGGUAAAUAACACAGUGCCACUGACACAUAUGUAAUACUUUCUGUUUUUUAAUUUGUUUUACAAAUUUGUGCUGCGAGAGAAAACAUUAUAUUUCCCAUUAUAUAUAUAUUGUUUAUCAUUUUUACAUUGUUGAAUGAAUGAUUGUCGAAAUCCAUGACAUUUGUAAGACUGUCGCAUGUUUGAAAAGCAUACAAAUCGAAUGAGACGAACGCGUGCGUGUGUGAAUGUUUAUUUUGAGUUAUAUGAUGCGAAUUUUGCAAAAAAAUGUGCUGAAAUUAAUGAAAAUAAAUCUAUAUAAUUUUAUUACAAUCAUUGCAGAAGUGAAAAACUUAUUUAUACACGAACUGUUGAAACGAGAUAAUUUUGUAGAAAAUAUUUAGCAUAAUAAGUCGAAUUCGAAAUUCGGCAAACAAAUUUAGGGAAAUUUUCCACACAUAUAUAUAUUUGCUCACGGUAAAUUCAAUUUUCUUGAAGUAGGUUUGUAAGUAUGGUUAGAUUUUGUUUUGUUUAUGUAUUAAAUCGUGGUAAUGUUCCGUAUAUUUUUUUAUGUUUAAAAUUGAAUUUUUGAAAUAUAUUUCAACUUUAUGUGGCUCAAGGUUUAUAUGGUAAAAUGAUUUUGUUUGAACUAAACCAAACUACUUAGUUUUUUUGUUAAACUUUUAUUUCAUUCUGUAUAUUUUUGAGUAGAACGCGGAAUUGGAACUAAGUUUAUACACGUAUUUUAUAUAUACAUAUAAUUCAAAUGUUCGGUCCGUAUAUAUAGUCUCUGCUAAUUCUAUUUGUUUACUAUUUAAAUUUAUUUGCAUUUUUUUGUAUAUAAAGAUAAUGUUUAUUUUGAAUUGAAAAUGCAAAACAAGCAGAAUUAAAUGAUCUUAAAACUAAAA